AUGGAAAUUAUGUUGUCUGAUAUCAAUACAUAUGAAAUAAUAAAUAAAGAUCCGGUUAAGAAACUCACCAAUGAUUUACGUGAUAUUUUAUUGAGAUGGAAAAAAUCUGGUUAUAUAGAUAAAUUUACUUACAGGAGAUUACUUACUACUGAUGGUAAUAUUCCUAGAGCAUAUGCUCCAAGCUUCAUUAAAAACAGUUCUGAUUUGAUAAAUAAAUUGAAAAAUAAAAAAUUAGAUACUAAUUCAGUAUUAGUUUCCUUGGAUGUGGUUUCCCUUUUCACAAAUAUACCUAUAGAUUUGGCAUCUGAUAGUGUUAUAAAGAGAUGGGAUUCCAUAUCCAAAAAAACUGAUAUUCCACUAAAUGAAUUUUUGAUUGCUUUCAAACUAGUUUUAAAUUCAACGUUUUUCAUUUUUAAUAAAAAGGUUUAUAAACAAAUUUUUGGUACUCCUAUGGGAUCGCCAUUAUCACCAAUAGUCGCAGAUAUGGUUAUGCAGGAUUUUGAAGAAACUGCUAUUAGUCUAUUACCUAUUCAUCUCAAUUUUUAUUAUCGUUAUGUUGAUGAUAUUAUCUUAGCAGCUCCUUCUGAUAAAGUUGACGACAUUUUGAAUGUUUUUAACUCAUUACAUACAAGGCUAAAAUUUACUAUGGAAAUUGGCAAUGAAGGAAGGAUUAGUUUUUUAGAUACUUUGAUUAUAGUUAAUGAAGACAGUUUAAUACUUGACGCUUAUC